CUAUCAGUUUAGUUUCUGGGGCUAAAGUUCAAAUUAGUGUAUGUAUGUUAACAGGCUUGUUUGUUAUCAUAUGAACUGAACACUCACAUUGCCUGGCAAGUACUUUCUGUGCUAGCUUUUAAAUUCCCAAUCAACCAUGCCUUCUGUCUUGACGGAUAUAUAGCGUUGCAGGUUAUUACACACGCUUACUUUUGUCAUUCACCGUGUACAGUAAUUUUGUUGGUGCCGCGUUCCUUAAUUUUGUGGCCUUUUAUGCAGUAAAUACUUCCAAUCAGUUGUUUUUGAUAGGGUUUUUUUCUCAUUUCUCGCUCCUGUUUUUUGUUGUACAUAGGUUUGUGUUCAGUUGAUGACGUGAGAAAUAAGGACUAAAGAAAUAUAUGUUCCAAGAUGAGGCAAUGAUGGAACUGGCAUAUUAGGUCUUUGGGGCCGUUCAAACUUCAAGGAUAAAAGUGCUGCUAAGAAAGACCAAUCUUCUUGUUCAGUUUUCGUGAGAAUUGAGUUGCCGAGUCGAUUCACUAUCCUUUUGAGAUACAGUUGACGGGAAUUCUUCAGUGCUAUCCAUUUUGACUCCUUCGAGGAAAAACGACGUCAGCAGUUUUAAGUCGUCGCUCCUAGCUUGGACACACUGAGGACAGUACAGGAGGGACGAGGUCCAAUCUUUCUGGUCUGAGUAACCUUGGGUCGAUUUUAUUCAGAGGAGUGUCCGGCAGGUCUUUGAGCCCGCCUCCUGUUGACCCCAGGGGGAGGGGUCAGACGGACAAAAGCUGUCUGAGCAGCAGAAGUGGACACCGGUCACUUCUUCCGUCAUCAUGAUGCUGAGCCUGGCCGACUGCUGUGAGCGAAUGAGGACCAAAGGCGUGUCCCGCUCCAUGGGUUUGGGAGCUCGUCCGCCCGGCUCACCCUCUGGUCUGAGUUCGUGCCCCACCAACAGCGGCGGCCUGUUCUCCUCCAACAAGACCGGAAACGGCCCCAUCAACGUCAACGGACUCCACGACAACAUCCCCGGUGGCCCCGGCAAUUGCUACAACAGCCACCCCGGCAACUCCAACAGCAGCAGUAGUAGCAAUAGUGCCACCACCAACAGCAGCAGCAGCAGCAAGAGUGUAUCAACAUCGGUAGUCCCGGCGGCGUCAUGCAGCGUCCUGUGCCCGCUGUGCCGGCAUGAGUGCAGCAGGAGCCAGAGACUGGAAGAUCACCUGGUCCGAGAACACAACGUGGCGCCAGACGGCGUGCAGCGGCUUAUGUGUAUGGUGGAGAUGCCUGCAGCAGCAGCAGCAGCAGCGGCGGCCGCAGCAGCAGCAACUACUACAACUACAACAAACGCCACCGCCAUGCCCACCACCACCUCCUCCUCCUCGUCCUCAUCGUCGUCAUCUGUGUCCCCACCCGCCUCGUCAUCGCCUCUACCGCCGUCGUCGUCUCUCCCCGCUGUGCCACUCCUCUCUGCCACAGCGUCUGCGGCGACCGCCUCCUCAUCCUCCCCUCUGACAACGUCGACCAUGUUGGAUACGGCGGCGUCUGCACCUUUAUCUACGUCGUCGUCGUCAUCACCGCCAGCGCCUGUAACGGCGAUGACGUCUGACGAGAGCUGUCAGUUGCCAGCCCCAGCCCCGAAGACAACGGCUUCAUCUCCAUCUCCCAAUUUAACAUCUCUCCCGCAUGCCGGUUCAGACGAGAAAACAGGUUCGUUGGCGAAUACAUCAUCAGCGCUACCAACUGCGGCAAACGCUGCUACAGCAGAAGCAAAAACAACAGCUACCCCUGCUGUACCCACAACGACAUUUAAUAAUGACACUAUGGACGUCAAGUCGUCUGGCAUCUCGUCGUCAGCAGCCGUGUGUGAAGAUUCUGACGAGAGAAAGGUAGACGAGUCCGUCACUCCUGAAGUCCGAGACCAGAACGGGUUGGACGUCAUUCCAAAAGCCAGGCCAUCCUCUUUUACAGGCUCGUCAGCUCCCAGGGAGGGGUUCUCCUUAUUACCGACAGUACCCACGACCACCACAGUUCCGUCGUCGUCUUCAUCUUCAUCUAACAACGGUGGACAGUUGACCACAAACUCCUCCCCUUUUACUUCAAUGCCCAGACUACUGAAAUCAGACAGCCGCACGGACAUAUCAAUGACUAGCAACGAGAGAAAAGAGAUUAACCUGGAGCUUUUGGAGGCAGAGCAUUCCAGUCUGUUGGCGAAAGACGGUACACUUCCGUGAGAUCCACACUCGCCGCUCCUCAGCAGGUCUUCUGAACCCCGAGGAGCUCCAGCUCUACAAGUUCAACUGUGGUCAGUGUACCUUCAGCUUCCGCAGCCUGGAGAGCCUGCAGCAACACACGCUGGUGCACCUGAUGCAGUCGGUGACCCGCUGCAGACUCUGCUCCACCACCGUCAGCUCAGUGGAACGCAUGAGACGCCACGUGGAGACUGCUCACGGAGACCUGAAUCCGGCCGAACUGAAAGGUCAGAUGAGUGUGAUUGAAGAAAAUGCUGGUCUUCUGUUUAGUAGUCCGGCAUUUGAGCAGUUCACCGUCAAGAUGCUGCUCGUGAAUGGAACGGAAAAAGCAGCUGCAAAGAAUGGGGUACUUGGUAAUGAGGAUGAAGAUGAGAUGACAAGCUCGGAUUUUUUUAAUGGUUUGAAGGAGAAUAUCCGGAAUGAAGAGGACAUGGAUGAGAGCGAUGGGAUGUCGGUAUCGUAUAAGGAGAAGCAAUUUCUCGAAGACUACAUGAACAGUCAUUCCAUGGCGGAGGAGCAUUACAGAGACAACAGUCGCAAAUUCAAGUGUCAUCGCUGUAGAGUGGCCUUCACAAACCCGCGCUAUCUGUACGCACACAACAAAACGGCACAGCACAGGCUGGGAGACAAGAUGGCGACCGACCCGAUGGAGAACUCCAGACCCUUUAGAUGUGAGUUUUGCAAAGAGUCUUUUGCACAGAAAAGCCUUCUGAUGGUUCACAAUAACUCUGCCUCUCACUUGCACAAACUGAAGCAGCAUGCACAGAUGAACGGAGAUUUGGCACCAUUUUGUUCACCAGUUUCAACAUCUUCAUCAUCCACUUCUUCACUGUCAUCGUUAUCUGCUGGCACACCAGGAUCUCACUCUGCUCCCCCUCCUUUAUCCUCCUCCCCUCAUGUGAACUCCACAUCCUCUGCUCCUCAAGUUAGCCCUAACGGUAGUUUAGAAGCAGAGAAUGGAGCCUGGGAACGUGAGGGAAAACACAAGCCCUACAAGUGUAAUGUAUGUAAAGUAGGCUAUAGCAAUGCCCCAAGUUUGGACAUUCACAUGCGCUCUGUGGCCCACAAAUCUAAAGCCAGCAAGCUGGUAGACCUGACACACCCUACAGCGAUGGACUUUGGCCAGUCACAGCUGGAGCAAGCAGAGGCCAAGGCAGUGGGCAAACAGCAGGCUCAACUCAUUGCUGACAUGAUCCACCAGCAGGCCACAGCUCAGGCGGCCUCCAACUCGGCCGCAUCAUUCUACAAUCUGCCUGGAAUGUCAAAUGUGAACACAAUGGCCCAGCUUUCUCUACUCCAAGGUUUGAUCCCAGGCUCUCACCUUCUGCCUCAGUCUGCUCAAAACGCUUUGGAAGCCAUGUCUAAUGCACAGUUAGAAACGUAUGAGGCUCUCCGCACCUUGGCAGUCAAUCAAGGUAAAGAUGUCCGCGAUGGCAGGGAAAGCUCAAAGUCUAAAGCAGAAUUUGGACCCCAACAUGGUGAUAGCAAGUGCGAAUCAACUAAGGAGAAGUUGAACAUGAAGAUCAAUGCUAAGCCUGAUCUGACUGAGAAAAUCAUCAAUAUGGUGAUCAAACAAGAUGGUAAAAUUGAGCCAGCAAGUGAGAUCAAAACUAAAAUGGUCAUGCCAGAUGACAGGAUGAUGAGCAAACUCUCUCCUGGACUUUGUAUGGAUGCCAAAGGAAGCAAAAAAGAGGAAGAGUUACCUCCCAACUUCCCUCACGCACCUGUACUUGCAAGACCUCGGGGGUUUAUGGGUAGAUUUAAACCCCAGCUGCACCGCAGUCUGUUGGAGAACUUUGGCUUUGAGUGUGUCAUGCACUAUAAUGAGGAGCACACUGGUAAAGCCAAGGAGCAGAAAGAGGAAACUACUGAAGAGAAUUCUCCUGAACAAGAAAAAGACAUAAAGAAUGAAGAGGAUUUAGAGGAAACUGAAGAGAAUACUGAGGGGAAAGAGCCAAUCCAAGAGAUAAAAGAAGAUGAAGAGGCUGAGAAAAAGGAAGAAGAAAACAAAGAAACUGAAGAAGAGAAAAGAGAUGAUAAUAAAGAAAAUAUUGACCUACCUGAGCUCAACAAGAUGAAAUGUCACUUUUGUAACAAGGACUUUUCAAAUGUUUGGGUUCUGAAAAACCACGAGGAAGAGAUCCACAAUAACUUCAUUUCCCCUGAAAUUAUCGAGGACUUUGGUAAAAAGUUCAAGGAAGAGUGGGAGAAAAAUUUGCCCAAACCCGUAGAGUGUGAAGCCCCUGUGACCCCAACCCAGCCCUCAUCCAACCCACCCACCCCAACUCCGGAAAAAACCCCUACUGCAAGUGAAAUGCCGCCGCCCCCUCCCCCUCCUUCCCAGCCCCAGAAUAUGAUGAACUUUGACAUGUCGCAGCUUCUGCCUCUCAUGGGCAUGAACCUGCUCCCCAUGCACCUGCCCAUGAACCUGGUGGGCCUAGGCCUCCAGAACUCCCUUAUGCCUUCUCUCAUGAUGCCCCCGGGCAUGGACCUUCCUCAGGGCUUCUUACCACAGAUGCCACCACCACCCCCUCAUAUGGUGGACGGAAACACACCUGUGUCCUCACAGCAGCACCUUCAGGCAGCUGCUGCAGCAGCCGCUGCCCAGCAGGCCCAGAAUCAGAAACGGGUCCGAACCCGGAUCAGCGAUGAUCAGCUCAAGGUGUUGCGUCAAUACUUUGAUAUCAACAACUCCCCCAGCGAGGAGCAGAUCAACAAGAUGUCUGAUCAAACUGGCCUGCCCCAGAAAGUCAUCAAACACUGGUUCCGGAACACUUUGUUUAAAGAACGCCAAAGGAACAAAGACUCCCCGUAUAACUUUAACAAUCCUCCAUCAACGUCCAUUGACCUUGAUGAGUAUGACAGGACUGGGAAGAUUCCAGAGGUGAAGAUUGAGCCAGAAGAAGAGGAAGAGAGCACAGCCCCUGCCAGAAGUGCUGCGCCAGAGCCAGAGAAGGAGGUCGUUGUCAUAAAGGAGGAAAAUGUCAGCAGUGCAGAGAAGGACAUGGAUCAAGAUGCUGAUUGUUUUGAGAGUCCACCUCUGAAGAUUGACUUGGCUCCCAAGUCUGAACCCACUGAAGAGCCGAAAAGGGAGCAGGACAGUCAUUCCAAUACCUCAUCACCAUCCAACAUGUCUUCCAUUCCAUCUACACCCACAGCGUCUGCCCCAGCCACUCCGACACCUAUGAUAACUACUAAUCCCAUGACAUCAAAUCCUCUCACCUUUUCUUUGGAUGCUUAUGCUGCAAACAUGGCUCGCCUGGAAGCAGCAACAUUUCAAAGCAUGGGCAAGAGGGCCAAUCGCACUCGCUUUACUGACUUUCAGAUUAAAACCCUUCAGGAAUACUUUGAGAGAAAUGCGUACCCCAAAGAUGAUGAGCUGGAACAUUUGUCAAAGAUGCUGGGCCUGAGUGCAAGAGUGAUUGUUGUGUGGUUUCAGAAUGCCCGCCAGAAAGCACGAAAAAUCUAUGAGAACCAGCCUGUGAAUGAAAUUGCCAAAGAUCCUGCUGUCCCUUUCCAACGUACUCCGGGGCUGAACUACCAGUGCAAGAAGUGUAACUCUGUGUUUCAGAGAUACUAUGAGCUCAUCAAACACCAGAAAAACUCGUGUUUUGGAGAGUCGAAUAAUAACAAACCUAUUUCAUCUAUGACUGAGGACGACAGCAGCAACAUCAGCUACAAUUCUAAUGAGGACUCCAAUUUCUCGGAUCGUCACAUACCCUCUUCAGCCACACCAGUCAGGGAGAGAGAGUUGAUGCCCAGAGCUCUGGCAGUUGAGACCACGUCUAUCAGCACAACUCCAGCCAAGCCAGUACUAUCUGCAAGUGCUGUGAACACUUCUUCCUCAUCCCCAUCCACACCUUCAUCCUCCUCCUCAUCAUCCAACCCACCAUUCAAGUGCGACAAGUGUACCCUGACGUUCCCCCGAUUUGACAUGUGGCAAGACCACCAAAAAGCUCACAGUGUGGCACCUGCAAUGUUCACACCAUUCUCCUCCAGCAGUGCAUUUGGCAUGCUGCAGACACUGGCCCAUCAGGAGGACAGUAAAGCUGUUUUUGCCAUGGCUGCCAUGUCCACACCCAGCUCUAUGCAUCCUACCAUGGUGACCACACCCAUUCCGGCUGCCCACCAGCCCCCGGCGAUGACAACCCUGCCGACUUCUGUCAUGUCAACCUCUCCGUCGCCAGCCACCACUAAGAGGAAAACAGACUCGGAGGAUGAGAGCGGCGAACAGCCACGAGACAAGAGGUUGAGGACCACUAUUCUACCAGAGCAGCUGGACUAUCUGUACCAGCAGUACCAGAUUGACUGCAAUCCCAGCAGAAAACAGCUGGAGCACAUUGCCUCCACUGUCAAUCUGAAGAAGAGGGUGGUUCAGGUUUGGUUCCAGAACACUCGUGCCAGAGAACGUAAAGGUCAUUACCGUGCCCACCAACAACUUAUCAACAAGAGAUGUCCAUUCUGCCGAGCACUGUUUCGCGCCAAGUCUGCACUUGAGUCUCAUCUGGCAACCAAACACCCAGAGGAGAUGGCUAAGGGGGAUAUCAAUGUUGACCUCAUUCCAGAUGCGAUGAUCGAACCCCCUUCGUCCAGCCAUGCUCCCUCUUUACCGGCAUCCAGCAGUGGGCUGACUUCGACACACAACACACCGGACAUCAGCAAGCUGUUACCUCCCGGGGCUGCGGCCAGCAUGCCCAACUACAUGUCCUUCAUGUCAGCGGCAGCUGGAGGUCUCAGUUUGCCCUUCCCCGCACCUACGGCUGACCUUCUAUCCCAUCCAUCCUUUGAGGAUCCAUUCUUCAAAAAGUACAUGAGUGAACUGGCGGGUACGAUGACCUCGCGUCCAGAGUCCGUGGCCCCUCCUCUCCCCCACAGCAUGCCCCGACAUUCGGCUUCUCCCUCCAUCUCGGCCCACUCCACCCCCAAACCCAGCCACCACUCCAGCCCAGCACCCCUCAACUUUGCUACCACAUCUCCACGGCCACUGGAUGCACACAAAGUGAAAACAUCCACCCCAAUUCCCCCACCAGCAAGUGAAGACGCACCCUUAGACCUGAGCAAACCUGUUCGCUCUGCACAUCCUGAGCCCAGUCGCACAGAACAAGUUCCCAGGAGCUUUGCUCUACACCACAGCUCUGGCCAAGAACAAAGCGACCGCUCUCUUGAGUUGGACUACCUCCGGCGGCUCAACAGCAUGGACGACUCAUUCUCAGAGACACAGUCGGAGACAGCGGAUCACGAGUAUCUCAAUGAGGUGAACAACAGUCCUCCAUCGCCCAACCGUAGCAGCAGCAGCAGCAACCCCCCUCAGAACCACCGGAGUGGAAACACGCCUGGCUCAAGUACCAAACGAUAUCGGACGCAGAUGUCUGCAACUCAGGUGAAGGUGAUGAAGCAUCUGUUCAUGGACUACAAGACCCCCACAAUGGCAGAGUGUGAGCUGCUUGGACAGGAAAUAGGCUUGGCCAAGCGCGUGGUUCAGGUCUGGUUCCAGAAUGCUCGAGCCAAGGAGAAGAAGGCAAAACUGUCCUCAGGCAAACCUUUUAAUGCGGAGCUUGACUUCCCAAAGUCUCCGGAAGAGUGCAGUCUUUGUGGCUACAAGUACACUCACAAAGUCACGGUGCAGGACCACAUAUUCACCAAGGCACACAUCGACAAGGUGAAAAACUUUCUCAGUGCCGAUGGUGAGCGUGACCUUGACCUGUCCGGGGGCAGUCUGCCCAGUCAGUCUUCGGCCGAGACUGAGCGAGCCCGCAAGAUGUGGGAUGAAUCUGGCACCCACCUUGCCCAGCUACAGGCAAUGGGCAUCAGCCCAUCGGCCAUCGGCUUUCCUCCAUUGCCAUCUGGUGAGAGCAGCAAGGCUCAUGAGAAGUCUGAGUCUCCUAAAAAAGAUAAAAAGCCAGCUGAAGCUGGAUCAUCAAAAGAGCAGCAACAGGUUGCCAUGGAGAUGGCAAUGAGCGCUCAGAUGAUGUCAGCCCUUGGUGGCUACAUGCCCGGCCUUGACCCCAGUUACCUUUCAUACAUGUACGGUGGACUGCCCGGCUAUUUCCCAGCUAUGGGAGUUCCAAUGGUUCAGCCAGGCCUGCUUUCUGGUGCAGAGCACAUGAUGGGUUAUGACCCCUUGGCUUAUGGAACGCCACUGGCCCUUCUUCAGAUUCCCAGCGCAGCCAUCAAGUCUGUGAGUGACAAACUGUCGGAAGCUGGGGCUGUCCUUGCCCGCUACACUCAGGACUGCCAGGCACUUGCUGACCUGCACAGUGUUGUGACUGCAGCUGACCUCACCGUUGCUGCGGAAGCAACCUUAGACGUUGGCUACAUCUGCAAGACGUGCCAGAUCGUGUACCCAGCCCGUGAGUCAUGCAUUGCUCACCAACGCACAGUAUGCGGGACUGGCCAGACUAAUCGGCCAAAGGGAUUUGAACCUAUCAUGAAGUUAGAGCAAGUCCAGUAUGAGUGCAGAGCCUGCAACGACCGCUUCUCCACCAUCCUUGAGUUCAAAGGUCAUUGCCAGCAAGAAGCCCACAAAACACGGCUUGCCAAGUUCAAGGCCAAAGAAGCAGCAAGGAGAGAGGCAGCUGGAUCUCCAAGCUCCUCGUCACCAUAUUCUUCAUCCAGCAAGAUCAUCUCUCCGUCUGCAUCCUACACAUCCUCCAAACAGCUGUCUACCCCGCCAUCAAACAACAACAAUAACAACAACAGCAACAACCGAAACAACAACAGCCCCGGGUUGGCACACACUUCCAAGCCCCCCAUGGCUCCCAGCCCCGCCCACCAGUUCAGCCGAUCGUCCACCGGGUCAUCGGUAAUCAUGAGUUCUUCUUCUCCAAUGUUUAGGGACCCAACCAGUGCCCAUUCUAUGGCUUUUACUGAAAUGCCUGAAAUGAAACGACUCAAAGCUGAUUAAGGAAAAUACCUGAGCUCAAGAAUUCCAAACAGUCCAAGAGAACCAUUAAUUAGAUGAAGUGGAAAAAAAUUUGCUUAAUAGCAAAGACCCCACAUGCAUUGCAAAAAACUGUUGGAUAAACAGUAGAGAUGACGCAGAGACACUAGCAUUUCUUGGAACUUGUAAAGAAAAUUUCCACAGCUGGCUCGCAGGUGCAGCGAUUCAGAAACUUUCAACUUGUAUGUGUGUGCAGUUGAAUUUGUGAAACAAUUGAAGAGGGUAUUUCAGAGUGAAUAAGUUGACAUGAUACACAUUUAUUUUUUGCAAUGUGCUUUGAUAGUCGAUUGAUAUCUGGGUUACUAAAAGAAUUUAUCAAUGCAUGACUAAUGGAAGGUCAGUUUGUGACAUGUGUGGAGCAUUCUACAUGCUUGUCAUGAUUAGUAUAUACAUGUAAUGUAAUCACUAUUCAGCUUUUUUUUUUCUCUGAAUUCUGUAAUUGUUUCUAAGAUCUGAGAGUGUUGUGAAGCACAUUGACUUUAUAAAAAGUAUGAGAGAAAAACUUGUUGAUACUCUUUCCAGAUGCAUCAUUCAAGAAUGCAUUUCUAAUGCCACAUUUCUUUGUAAUGUCACUCAGUGAUUUCACUUUUUGCAUCAGCAUUGUAUCUUAUCACUUUUGUGUUCAAUGACUUCAACACUGAGAUGAAGCUUUAUGAACUGAAUGAGAAAUAUGUCGAAGUUGGAGUGUGGUGGCUGUCGUCAUGAUAAUUACGCAAGCUUUCAGUACAUCCUUGCCAUUAACUGAACUAGACUUGUUUCCUGUCUUGCUCGUAGUUAAAGAUCAGUUUGUCUUUCCAGUGUUCACCUUCAUAUGGUCAUUGAUUGCUUACAUGGUCGGUUCACCAUUUGCAUGCUUCUGCGACAGAUCACUCUGGGUGUACAUUGUGAUUACAGUGCAUGUAGAUUACAGUCCUCAUUUUGAAAUUCUUUGAUUUGAAUCGCAGAGAAUUUGUAAGGAGAGGUUAUGAAUAAGGACGAGUCUUUUUGCAUGUUGUUUUUUUUUGUAAAUGACAUUUAUGUAAAUAUAAUGUAAUGCUCUGUGAGGGUCAAUAGAUGUAGGAAACAGGGUUUUAUUUACUUACAUUUGUUUAUUCACAUGUCUGCUUAAUUACAUUUAAUUUUGUGUGUCAGUUAUAUGAAUUCAAAUUUUCUGAGCACUUUGUCAGAUUAUUUUUUUCGGUGUACAUACGGCAGAUUUCUCUGCUGAUUUUCUAUAUAUUUUAGCUAAGCAGAACUUUUGUGUUCAUAAGUGUGAAUGACAGGAAGUUUUGUUGGAUGAGCUUGACACAAUUUGAAGUUCAAGCCGAAGUGGCAUUGGCUUCAAUUAACUAUUGUCUCUUUUUUCAAAUAUUUACUAAUGCAAGUUAAUUAUUUGAAUGUUUCUUUCUUUAUUGCACCUUUACAUAUCAUGGACCAGCCAUGCUACCUGUAGAGAAAAUGUAUUCCUUUAUGUUACUUUUACUGUGUAGCAACAUCUUUAUUAUAAUCGUAUUCAUUUUUUUCUGCAAAUUUGUAAUUCUGUCAUUUUCUGCUGUCAACUCAUGUUUGUAAAGUGAUCAUUUUUGUAGAUGGUACCCAAACAAUCAUUGAAGGACAAUGUAAUGUAUAAUGGCAAAUGGGAGAUUUCAGCUGUAAGGCACAGCACGUCAUAAGGUUACUACGGCACUGCAUUAAUAUGUUGCUGCCCUUUUCCUUACUAAAUAGAGUUGUUUUUAUCAUGGUAAUGUGCAAAAUCUGGUGGGGCAUAAUUUUGAUUGUCAUAACUUGUAUGAAAUGGCGCUGUAGCCUCAAGGACUGUUAGCAAAUGACUAACAAAUAGAAAGAAAGCUUUUUGCACAGUUUCCAAGCACCUUCAAAUGUUACUUACUCUAUGAAAAGAGCUUUAAGUAAAGAUUGAACUCGUCAGUAAAGCUGACCCAAAUUGUUCCCUAACUGUAAUGCACUUUCUUGGUUUGUGUUUUCUAGAACUCAAUUGGCUACCGUUUCGUAGUAAAGUGUCUAUUGAUUAUUUUCGUAUGAAUUUGUUUCUGCCACUAAAUACAUCUGAAGAUGUAAAACAACUUUCAGGGUGUGCACAUGGCUCAACUUUUUAUGGUCUAACGUCGUGCUGUGACCUCAUCUAAGUUUGAAAUUUGCUGAAGACUUUGAUGACUCUUGGUUCUCAAGUAUUUAAGAUUUUGCUGUCAAAUGAGGUCACUGCUCACACAUGCAGGAUAUUGACUUUGAUAAUGUCCCAUAGUGUGCUCACCUGCCAUGCAGACUUUUUUCUUUUUCUUGUUGACUUUGCUAGAGCUUAAUGAUACAUCGAUCUUACUUUGGUGCCAUGUUCUCUGUGUUUCAGCUGUCUCCUGAGGGGUAUUUUCCUGGAUCAAUUUACUGAUUUUCUGUUAACGAUUUUGUUGUACAUGUACAAUGUUUGAUGUGUGACAUCCAGGUUAUAAUUUCAAAUGUUCUUAAAGGGAUAAAAGAAAUAGGAUUUUAAUGAAUAUCUUUGGUUGAGAUGUAACUCAUGCAGUAGGUAAAAGGGGAAUUUUUUUAUUCUGCCAUAGCAGAUAGUUUUUACUUUGUUACAGGCUCGAUAUUUUCAGGACAUGAAGUUAUUAUUUAAAUAUAUAUCCAGUUUGAUAUGUUGGGCAUCAUCAUUGGCAGCAGAAUAGUGACAUCUAAAAGAGUUAAGUCAUGAACAAUAUUAUUUAUAUUUCUUUCGUUGUUGUUGUGGGUGGGGUUUUUUUUUAUCAUUGUCACUGCUCAUUAUGCUUGUGAAACAUUGAAACUUGGAAGGAAGUGUAUAGAUCUGAAGAUUUUUUGUUGUUGAAUUGUUCAUGCUCUUAUCUGAACGUGUUGUGAAUGAAAUAACUUUGUUUUACUUUUACCAAUGAUAAGUUGUGUCCUGUCUGUGUUGCUGGGUUGUAUAAGAGAGGCCAUUAUUGUUCUCUUGUCUAUUCAGGGAGAGCCACCAGCUUGCAGAAUGCAUGCAGUGAGUGUGCGCAGUGUGAAAGGAGUUUAUGAGACAGUUCUUGUUGUGGAACUGUCAGUGAAUAAUAAGACAAUUUGCUGACAGGCUUUUGCUUCUGCACUGACAACUAUGACUUCAAAUGCCAAAAUUGCAGGCCCAGAUUCUGCAGGUGAUAUGAUGACGCAAACUGAGAAAUGAUUUACGAGUACUUCUUUUUCGUAGUGUUUGUAAAUAUAUCUGGACAGACCAAAUGUCCUAAAGUGGCUAUCUAUUCUGUAUCUUUAUUGUCGGUUUUCGUAUUGGAAAAUUCUUACUUUUUUGGUAUCAGUUUUAUCACCGUCAGGUGCUGUUCAUAUGUGGCCAUCCGUAUAUUUUCCUAAAUGGUGUCUACUUUAAAACAAGUUUUUAUUUUGAGCCCAUGGGUCGACAUUGAUGUAAUCAGAACUUUUGCUGAUGUAUGUGUGACUGCAAACAUGACAACAGAGAAAUAAAGUGAUGACUUAUUUUCUAUUUUUGUAUAAAAACUUUACAUAUGAAUGAAUGAUUUUAUUUCCUCAAAGUCUUAAUAACAUCAUGGAGAAUUAAUUAUUGCUGAUGAGAUUCAUACCAAAGCAGAAGAACUUCAGUUGCUCAGACAUGCAAAUGAGAAUGCAACAGCUGAAGCCCUAAAAGCAUUUUAUUAACUACAUUUAUCUAACAGAAUAUUAUGCAUUUUACUACUGCUUCAGACCAUGAAGCUGAAUUUCAUCAGAAUGGGGGGGGGGGGGGGGGGCAGAAUUAUGUCUUAUUGGCUUGUUUAGGAACACAUUUACCAUUAUGUAACAAUUAUGAAAUCUAAAUGUUUCAUUUUAUUCAGAAGUUAGACUAGAAUUAGCAAAGAUAAUACUUGCUGCCACAACAAAGAUAAGACAAUUUUUCAAGACUUUCUUCUCUGUCAUUUUGAAAGAAAACAUUUGAAAAACCAAAUAUGGUUGAAGGAGUAAGAUGAAAGUUUCGGUUUACAGUUUCAACUUGUUUUUGGUAUCAGUGGCUUUAAAUUGUGUUGUGAAAAGGAUGAGCUGUCUUUUGCACAGUGCUGUCUUGGUCACAUGGUGGUUGUCCAAAGUGAGUAGAUUAGAUACAGACAUCCCCCAGUCUGCAUGUGCUCAGCUUUUGUUGAUCUAUCAAAGUCUUGGAUGCAUUGUAUGAAGUCGAUACUCGCUUCAUAUUCUUGUGCCAUUUCAGAAGAGCACAACAUCUGAUUUCAAAGAUAAAUGUUUUUAUUUGUAAAGUACAACAUCUGAUUGUUCUUUUGUAUCCAUCAGUAGCCUACCUACUGGUGGGUACUAUGCUCUUCGACAUCUUCUGUCAAAGCAGACUUUCCUCCAGUUUCUGGAAUUAUAUACUGUUGUUAGUCUGAAUGUGAAAGAUAGUCCUUGAACUCUCCUUGUGCUCCCUCCCACUGCUCUGUAUAAUUCAGGAACGGCUCUUUGUUUCUUGACUCAUACCUCAGCUUGUCAUGACACUUGACGACAUGUUUAUUCCUUUGUAUUUGUAACAUAGAAGAGUUUCAACAACAAAAAGUAUGCCUUAUUCUUUUUUUUUUUUUUUUCAUUUAAUUGUAAUGUGUAUUUUACCAACAAAGAUCUGUGAAAUUGUAAAAUAAUUGAUCAGCUUAUUUGAAAGUAUUUGUUUAUAUGGGGUUUAUUUUAAAUAUGUUUCACCCAUUAUUGGUCGUUUUAUUUUUCAAUGUUAUAUAUAAAGUGAAUUUGAUUAUGAUAUAUAUACAGUACCUUUCUUGUGUCAGAAUGAAGUUGUGACUAGAACUUUGUACUUUUAGAUAAAAUUAUUUUAAGAUUAUGGGGGGGGGGGGGGUUCUUUCUUUUUUUUUAGAGGGGGGAUGAGGGGGAAGGUAAUUUCCAUGUCAAGUUGGUUUUUUUUAACUACCAUGGCUGUUUUGCAUUCAGUUUCCUUGGUAAGACGAGAUGUUUUGAAAGUAAAAACGGAGGAUGUUCAUGUUCACAGACCUGAUGUCUGUGGAAGGCUCCACAUUGGCAUGAAAUCGGUUCACCUGCCUGUGUUCAGAGUGAUGACCUGUGAUGUUUGUGAUACACAGAGGCGACUAAAUUGUGUUAGGCACUGACUGUGUUCAUGAGUUAAUGCCUGAACUAGUUCCUUGCUCUACAUGAAAGGUGCGGUUUGUGAUACGGUUCUGUGUCUUUAUUGUGUUAUUGUCUCUUCACUUUUCCUUGAUAUCUGUGGUUUCCUGCUACCUGUUUCGUUAGUAAGUUGAUUUUGUCAUGUGAGUGUUUUAGUUCAGGAGUAUUUUGUCAUGUUAGUGUUUUAGUUCAGGGGAAGUUGACUGGACCAGGUGCAUUUCAUAUGCAUCUAUUCUUAUUGCACAUCUUGUAGGCUGCAACCAAAAAGACUAGACAGUUUUAUUGUAAAUGAAUUUCUGUGCAUCUUUCUUUGGGCUAAAAGUAAUAUUAGGUUUCAUAUUUGUAAACUACUCCAUUCAUUAAGCCUUACUUUGUUUUACCAGUAAGUAUACAUUCUCUUUCUUUUCAUUUGCUAUAUCUUGGAGUUAACAUGAAUGUAGCCCCUACUGUAAAUGGUCAUAUGAGUAGUGUCUCAGAGAGGCUCUAUCAUUAGAAUUAUUUUAUCUUUUUUUCUUAGUCCAUUUCAAUAUUUUUCACUCUAUCACCAAUUUGUCGUUCUGUUAUCAAAGGGCACUGAGAUGAUAAAAAUCAAGUCUCUUUCCUGUUAUGGCAAGGAACGCUUACUUACCUUUGUUUAUUACUUUCAGUAAAAUGUUGAAAACUUUCCAGUAUGACAACCCUAAAGCAGCACACUUUAGGUGUUGUACCAAAGUACUUGAGUUGUUCAUUUCCAAGCACCAAGCUUCAUGUGUUUAUUAUAAUCAGUUUUGCAACUUCAUUUAACAAGAACUUUUUAAAGAAUGUUUUUGCUUUUUUCAGUUUAAGUCUAUACUUUGUUCUUCUCUAUAGAUCUCAUCCUUCACGACAUUUGGAAAUUAUGGCUGUCGUUGAUCUGAGUUUUAUUUCCUUUUGAUCUGUCAGCUGUAAUUAUGCUAUUCUGUUUGAAGGUUAUUUGUUGACCAUGCAAUAUUCCGUUUCUGAAUUCAGAAUCUUUUUGACUGGUUCUGGCUUCAUAAUAUGUCUUUUCUGUCUUUUUUGUUGUAAAAAUAUUCUCGUUCACUCUGCAGCACAGACAAAUUUAUGUUUUUACAUUACUUAAUUUUAUCUUGAUCUCAAAGCACUGUUUUGAUCUUCUUUAGUUUCAGUAACUUAAUGAUAAACACAAUUGUUUUAAGCUGUCUAUUUAAGUUUUAUAUCCGCACUGUAGCUAAAAAGAAUAAGAUGGCUAAGAAAUCCUCAGAGUCACUUUCAUUUGUGCGAUAUUGCUCUGUCUUUGUACUCUGUUUAUUGAUUCGUUGUUGCUGUCUCUGCUUACUUCACCAUGACUUUCCCACCCCACCUUGCCAAAUCACCAGUUUGUUCCGAAUGAACUUUCUCUUGGGAUUUCACAGUUGAGUCAGAGGUUGAUUGGAAGGCGUGUUUGGUAGAUUCUACUUCUUUUGUUCCCUCUGUCAUUUCUGUUUGUCUGUCUUACUUUUUCCCUGUACUGUAUGACUGUUAUUGUACUGAUGUGCUUCUCUUUUCUCAAACAAAAUGUAACCAAGUUCAGUCAGCAGUUUGUAAGUUAUACAAAGUGUUAUUUUCGGCUCUUAGUUAGAACAAAAGUUAAAAUUCUUUCUUUGCUCACAUUUUAGGGGUUUGUCUGAAGGUCUUUUGUUUAAUCCAUUUUCCUAUAAAGCAUGCUAUAUCUUUUUUGAUAUAUAUAGAAUUGCUAGCCUUUGGUUAUAUUCUGUAAAGGCCUACUGAUUUUACAGCUGUCUCUUUCUUCCUAAACAGGUUUAAUAAGUUUAUAAAUCUGUCAUUGUUUCAGUAGUCGGUAAAGUCUGUCUCUUGGCUCCUGGAUUGUCUUGUCUCAUGAAGUUCUUAGGCGUCAUGUUUUCUGUCGUAAAGUUUUGGUGCUACAAAUAAUUUUCAAACUUGUCCUCGUAAGUCAGAUUGCAGUGUGACAUUUUAUUGUGUAUAUUUUGUCCAGGGAAAUCCUUUCUAUUGUCACAUUGUUAAUGUUAUGGAUUUUGAAAAAGUACUACCAAUGACAAAAACAAAUCAGUCAUGAUAAAAAUAUUAUCAAAUGUUUUACAUCCUCACUACUUCUUGAUUGAAGGUAGUAACACCUGCUACAGACAAAGCUAUUUGAAGCAGAAUGGAAUUUGUUGUUGCUCAAAUUUAGUAUGCUACAUUGCUUCUGCUUUCUUUUGCAAGCAGUCUAAACCAAAGCAAGAGAUGUCAUUUCUGAAAUGCCUAACGAAAAUUUUUGUAGAACCGAUAAGUUAUAUAUGCAAGUUAUUUUUAGUUUAAUUGUUUCAUUUGUCUGUUAAAAUGAACAAACUUUUGAAAGUGACUUAGCUGACUGUUUUCCCCACAACUGUUUAGACUUUUGUGACUGGUUCAUGACUUCUUUCACAUUUUCUUGCCAUGGAAAACUUGACUUUUGAACUUUUGUCUUCUUUGCAGGGUUUUCUGUACUUUAUAAUCUGUGUGUCUUUGGGUUGAAGGAAUCUACAAGGAAUGCUUUGUGUCUGUCAAAGUGUGUGUGUGUGCGUGUUAAUGUGUGUGUGUGGCGCGUGUUAAUGUGUGUGUGUGUGUGUGUGUAUGUAUGAAUUUUAUUCAGUAUCAGCGACACUCCUGUUCCCGUGGUGGGAGAAACCUUCCACGUGUGGGACAGUGGUGCUGUUGAGAAUCUCCCAAUGUUUGUUGACUAAUCCAUCACUUGAAACACCAGCAUCAGUAUUAGUCCAGUGCUGCCUUGCUCAUUGUUGGUGAUGGAUGUUGAAAGCAAUCUUGACGCUAAACAGAACGUGAAUGAGCGAACUAAAGAAAGGCUCAACUCGGGUGAAAGGUGUUGAUCACUUUGACACUUAUUUUGUAUAAUUAACAAUGGAAACUGUUAGCCCUACCUCAACUACACAUGAGAAAUAUAUGAAAAACUUUAACUGUCUCAUAUGCUUGCUAUGCUUUUGGUUUCUUUAGCUUUUCUGGGUGCUGACGUACAGAUUGUUAAUGUCAUUAGGUCUAUAUUGUAGUUACCUUUUUGUGAAGUGUCCAAAUGAAAAGUUUUAUCCACCCUGGAGCCAAAGAAACUUUUUCUAUUCCUUACCCAAGUGUUUGAUAUCUUAUCAUAGCAAAUUUUUAAAAUUCUCAUUUCCUCCCUAACCUUUGUCGUAAAUCGAGCUUUGGUAGAAAAACUGCUUUAAAUUGGUCUAUCUUCAGCUUAGUAAAAGAAAGGGGAGUAAAUGCCUACUGGAGCUAAAAGAUAUAACUCUUUAGAACAGUGGAAUGCUAGUAUCAAAUCUUGCAAUUUAUUGGGUAUUGCUGAAAUGUUCAUACUGGGAUGUCCAUAAUAUAUUUUUGAAACCACAGCAGUUGACUGGUUUGGGAUAGUUUGAGAUAUGUCAGUGUACUAGCUCACUAGGUCAGCAGUGGUGAAUUUUGAAUAUCUGUGGAUGGAACAAUGUGAUGGAGUAUUUGAUGUGAGGAGAAAAUGUUUUGUGUCCUCUGCUCAACAUCAACUCUGUUGGCCAAACACAUAAUGAAAUCUGAGAGCCUUUUUCAGUAUUUCAUAAAUGCCAGUAUUUGUCUUCUUCAACACAAUGCCCCAAACUUGCUGGUCUUGAUAAGAUAUGUUUCUCUCAAACAUAAGACUGGGUUGUAUUAAUUCUCUCAGGCAAAUUGGGUUAUUAUCUGAUUCACAUGAGGAUGUGGAAAUCCAGUCUGGCUGAGCUGACAGUUGAUUACUGCUUGGGAAAUGGACGAGACUAUUUUAUUGUCAAUAGACUUUUAAGCUGCUCAACUGUGUAUCUCAGAUGAUUUUGCAAAUUAGUUUUGGGUUGUUUUUUUUUUAAGUUUGUUAUUUUUCAGUUCUCUUCAAAGCAAUUAACAAAUUAUUUUAUUCAGACAUGAAAUACCAUCAAGCAACUUGAUCGUCAGGGUUUUUGUCUCAGAAUUGUAACAGUGGCAGUUAAUAAAAAGAUUUGUUUUUUUGAUUAAUCAUUUGUUUCAUAUUUCCAACAUUCUAUGCCCAGAGUCUAAACUUUAUUUUCCAGUACAAAAUGAUACCAUGUAAGUUUUUGACUAGUUGUCUUUUUUUUGUUUUUGUUUCCACAAGCCUGUUUUUCUUGAUUUUUAUGUAAACUUCUACGCACUAGUGAGGUGCUGUAAAAUGUUUGUAAAAAUGUUUACAUACCGUUGUCAUUUGAAAACCACAAAAAUAAUGUAGUUUACAAAUACAUGUCUCAGAUACUUUUUGAUUGUUUCAUUUUCAUUUUACAAAGAUUGAUUUACUUCACCAUCUUUGAUUAUCAAGGAAUGAUUACACAGCACUCUGUAAACGGUGUUAGAAAUUUAUUUGAUUAAAGAUCUCCAAUGUUCAAGCCACAUUUGAUUGAUAUACUACAGGCUUUUUAAAAACUUAUUUUGUUCUUUUAGACUUAUAUAUUCAAGUCUUUGUUGCAGUAAAUACUGUUGUAACCAGACAAAUCGAAUCUCUGUAUCCAUUUCAUUCUUAAGGAUAACUCAUUAUCAACUUAUUAGAAGAACCACAUGACAACACUGUCCAGGUCAUAAAGUUUCUCGUUUUCAUUUAUUUCUGUUUCGCUGUCUGUUUAUUUGCUUGGAAUCUGAAUAUAGCAUCUAAUUUCUAGAUAUUUCCGUGUUUGUUUCUUCACUUCUCAGCACAACUAAUUAUUGGCUAUGUCCUUAUGUCCUUUCCCCCAGAAUCAUUGUGAAUAUGUAGUAUAUGCUGCCCCUUUGAUGAUGUUUUACAAGGUAUAUUGGUGACGAUGCAUUGAUCUUGUUUACACUUUAUUCACCUAAAUAUUGGUUAUUGAAUAUGGGUUAUACGUGGUACGCAAUUGUGUGAAUGUAAUUUUUGUUUCCAAGCUGAAGUGCAUUGGGCAAAAGGCGAUUUAGUUUAGUGCUCAGGACUACCUGGUAUGUUCUCUUCAUUAUAUUCUUAUACAUUUAUUGGACUACCACAGCUAAAACGUUUAGACAAUUUGUUCUCUCCAAAUAAUAAUUAUAAAAUUGAUUAUAUGUAGUUGCUUUGCAAUAUACAAUAAACUUUAAACAAUGU